AUGGGUCUCCAACCGCCAGCGCCGGCUCCUUUUGGAGCUGCUGCUAUCUCGUCCACUGCUGGGAUAGAUACUGACAAUUCCGUCCGUCGUCAUGUCGACAAGACCAAACCUGAUCGCAUUGAUACUCUAGUGGGAGAAAAGGCAGACAGUACUGAAACGAUGGAGGCAGACUCGGAUGAUGGCAUUGACCAGGCAGAGCAUGACAAGAUUGCGACUCUUGCGCGCAGCCUGUCACAUAUGUCCCAGAAGAGUGGUCACGGGGGCCCAACUAACACUUUUCUUGAUUCCUCCGGCGACCCUGAGCUUGAUCCCAACUCCGACAAUUUCAAUUCGCGCAAAUGGAUGAAGAAUCUACUGCACAUUACCUCGCGCGAUCCAGAUCGAUACCCCCGUCGUACGGCUGGUGUGUCGUUUCGCAAUCUGAAUGCGUAUGGUUACGGCACCGCAGCAGACUAUCAGGCCGAUGUGGCCAACAUGUGGCUCAAAGGCUGGGGAUGGCUCAGAAAUGUGCUCGGAUGUGGCAAUAAGGUUCGCAUAGAUAUUUUGCGAAAUUUUGAGGGCUAUGUUCGCAGCGGUGAAAUGCUUGUCGUGCUUGGUCGACCUGGAAGUGGUUGCUCAACUUUUCUCAAGACCAUUGCUGGCGAAACUCAUGGAUUGUGGCUGGACCAGGGGACCGAUAUACAAUACCAGGGCAUCUCAUGGCACGAGAUGCAUAGUCGCUUCCGGGGCGAAGUUAUCUAUCAGGCAGAAACCGAGAUUCAUUUCCCCCAGCUGACCGCGGGCGAAACCCUUCUCUUCGCUGCCCAUGCGCGGGCCCCAGCCAAUCGUUUCCCCGGUGUCUCCCGUGAACAAUAUGCAACCCAUAUGCGGGAUGUGGUCAUGGCGAUGCUCGGCCUGAGCCAUACGAUGAACACACCUGUGGGAAAUGAGUACAUUCGUGGCGUCUCAGGAGGAGAGCGAAAGCGAGUCAGCAUUGCGGAAACCACACUUUGUGGCAGUCCCUUGCAGUGCUGGGAUAACAGUACUCGUGGUCUUGAUAGCUCAACGGCGCUGGAAUUCGUCAAAAACUUGCGUUUAUCCACUGAUUACACAAGUUCGACGGCAAUUGUGGCCAUCUACCAGGCUAGCCAAGCCAUUUACGACAUAUUCGACAAAGUGAUUGUGCUCUACGAGGGACGUCAGAUCUAUUUUGGAAAAGCAAGAGACGCGAGGCGCUUUUUCAUCGAGAUGGGGUUUGACUGCCCUGACAGGCAGACUACCGCUGACUUCUUGACGUCGUUGACCAGUCCCUCGGAGAGACUGGUUCGAAAAGGAUUUGACAGCCUUGUUCCUCGAACACCAGACGAGUUUGCUGCUCGCUGGAAGGACAGCGCGGACAGAAAACAGCUCCUGGCCGAUAUCGACGCGUUUGAAAAUGAGUUUCCCUUGGGCGGAAGAAAGUACGAGGAAUUUACUCUUUCCCGUGCUGCAGAGAAGGCCAAGGGCACUCGGGCGCCAUCCCCCUAUACUCUCUCCUACCCAAUGCAAGUUCGCUUAUGUCUACGGCGAGGCUUCCUUCGGCUCAAGGGCGAUAUGAGUAUGACUCUGGCGACGGUCAUUGGCAACAGCAUCAUGGCGUUCAUCGUUUCCAGUGUGUUCUACAACCUGGACGAGACGACGAAUAGCUUCUACUCUCGUGGUGCACUCCUUUUCUUUGCCAUCCUACUGAAUGCAUUUGCAAGCUCUCUCGAGAUUUUGACCUUGUGGCAGCAACGCCCAAUAGUGGAAAAGCAUGACAAGUACGCGCUUUAUCACCCCUCGGCAGAAGCAAUCAGUUCCAUGAUUGUCGAUUUGCCUUCAAAGAUCCUAGUGUCUAUAACAUUCAACAUCAUCAUUUACUUCAUGACCAAUCUCCGUCGUACUGCAGGUCACUUCUUUAUUUUCUACCUGUUCUCGGUGACAACCACUCUAACCAUGUCGAACAUCUUCCGAUGGAUUGGUGCUAUUUCCCGAUCAAUGGCCCAGGCAAUGGUUCCAUCCUCGAUCUUCAUGAUGAUUUUGGUCAUAUACACUGGAUUCACCAUCCCAGUCAGAGAUAUGCAUCCCUGGUUCAAAUGGCUGAACUACCUGAAUCCGAUCGGCUAUGCCUUUGAAUCUCUCAUGAUCAACGAGUUCAGCGACAGAAAAUUUCCCUGUGCAUUGUAUGUGCCAUCCGGGCCGGGUUAUGAGAAUGUUCCUCUCAGCUCCAGCAUCUGCUCCCAGAAAGGUGCUGUGGCUGGUCAAGAUUUUAUUGAUGGUGACGCAUUCAUCAACACUUCAUAUCGGUACUACCGUUCCCAUUUGUGGCGCAAUUACGGAAUCAUUGUCGGUUUCCUUUUGUUCUUCCUGGCAGCCUACAUCAUAUGCAGUGAGCUGGUUCGUGCUAAACCAUCCAAGGGAGAGAUUCUGGUUUUCCCCCGCGGAAAGAUUCCUGCUUUUGCCAAAAAGACCCCGGGUGAUGGCGACCUGGAGGGAGCGCCGACUUCGGAGAAGCAGAAGCUGGAGAACGCAGCGCAGGACGGUACGGCUGCGAUCGUUAAGCAAACAUCGAUAUUCCACUGGCAAGACGUAUGCUACGAUAUCAAGGUCAAGGGCGAAACGCGCCGGAUCUUAGACCAUGUUGAUGGAUGGGUUAAACCAGGGACAUUGACAGCGCUGAUGGGAGUGACUGGUGCCGGCAAAACAUCAUUGCUGGACGUUCUAGCGAACCGUGUUACCAUGGGUGUUAUCACUGGCGAGAUGCUGGUUGACGGCCGCAUGAGAGAUGAUUCUUUUCAGCGCAAGACUGGCUAUGUUCAACAGCAAGACUUACACUUGGAAACUAGUACCGUUCGGGAGGCCCUCGUCUUCAGUGCCACACUCCGACAGCCGGCCAGUAUCCCGCAAAAGGAAAAGCUGGCCUAUGUUGAGGAGGUGAUCAAGAUGCUUAGUAUGGAAGAAUAUGCGGAGGCUGUCGUUGGUGUGCUCGGAGAGGGUCUAAAUGUUGAGCAGCGGAAGCGGUUGACGAUUGGAGUCGAGAUCGCGGCCAAACCAGACCUACUUCUCUUCUUUGACGAGCCUACUUCCGGCCUUGACAGUCAAACAGCCUGGUCUAUUUGUACCCUCAUGCGAAAGCUUGCAGACCACGGACAGGCAAUCUUAUGCACUAUUCAUCAGCCAUCCGCCAUUCUGAUGCAACAAUUCGACCGGUUGCUCUUUCUCGCCAGGGGAGGGAGGACGGUGUACUUUGGAGAGCUUGGUCCCAACAUGGAAACCUUGAUCAAGUAUUUUGAGAACAAAGGAUCUAUACACUGCCCCAAAAAUGCCAACCCUGCCGAAUGGAUGUUGGAAGUCAUCGGUGCUGCCCCUGGAUCUCAUGCAGAUCAAGACUGGCCCGAAGUUUGGAAGGGCAGCCAGGAACGUGCCCAAGUACGAGAGGAACUAGCCCAGAUGAAGGGAGAGUUACUACAACACCCUCCACCUCCUCGAACAAAGGAGUAUGGUGAGUUUGCCAUGCCUCUCUGGGCUCAAUUCCUUGUUUGUCUCCAGCGCAUGCUCCAGCAGUACUGGCGCAGUCCAUCGUAUAUCUACUCCAAAGCGGCGACAUGCAUCAUUCCACCACUUUUCAUCGGCUUUACCUUUUGGCGCGAGCCCACCAGUUUGCAGGGCAUGCAGAAUCAAAUGUUCGCCAUAUUCAUGCUGCUUGUUAUCUUCCCCAACUUGGUCCAACAGAUGAUGCCAUAUUUCGUGACUCAGCGAGCACUAUAUGAAGUGCGUGAGCGACCCUCGAAGGCUUACUCAUGGAAAGCAUUCAUGCUUUCCAGCAUUCUUGUUGAACUGCCCUGGAACAUUUUGAUGGCCGUGCCGGCCUACUUCUGCUGGUACUACCCGAUUGGGCUUUAUCGCAAUGCGUAUCCGACAGACAGCGUGACUGAGCGCGGUGGCACAAUGUUUCUGCUGAUCCUGGUCUUCAUGAUGUUCAUGUCUACUUUCAGCUCGAUGAUCAUUGCGGGAAUUGAACAGCCGGAAACUGGUAGCAAUAUUGCACAGUUAUUGUUCUCCUUGUGUCUCAUCUUCAAUGGUGUUCUUGCGAGUCCAACUGCCCUUCCAGGGUUCUGGAUAUUCAUGUAUAGAUUAUCGCCCUUCACCUACCUCGUAUCCUCUGUAUUAUCAGUCGGCUUGGCAGGGACCAGUGUCGAAUGUUCCGAUAUCGAGAUCCUGCAGGUCCCUCCUCCGCAAGGCCAGAACUGCUCAAGCUUCCUGGACCCAUAUGCUCAGAUGUCUGGUGGCAAACUAAUCAAUCCCGAGGCAACAUCGAACUGCAAGGUGUGUCCCAUAGCUGAUACGGACACUUUCCUGGCAGGACUCAAUAUCAAUUACUCGGAUCGCUGGCGCAACGUUGGGCUUUUGUUCGUGUAUAUUGUGUUCAAUGCGGUUGCUGCCAUCUUCUUGUACUGGCUCAUUCGCGUGCCGAAGAAGAGGUCCCGCAAGGUGAAGGACGAGUAG